ACAUGCGUUUAGCCAACUUUAUACUUUUUCAAACCAAAUAAAAGUCUUCUGGCAGGCUUUCACAAGCCACUCUAAAGUCUGUCCUCGAACUUUAAUAUCUAGUUAAGGACAGACAGGAGAUUCCUAGUGAUGGUUAACCUGGAAUACGACAGCACAUUGUGGAUUCAGAACUGGAAGUUGUUUGGGACUCACUGUCCGUCUCCCUGUUUAAGUACGGCAUGAACUGUGCACAAUUCAAACUAAACUUAAAAUAAGACACCCUGAUGCUAAUAAAGGCAUGAGAGCUUUUGCACUUCACCAGAGCAGAACACUAAAACCAAACAAAGUGCAGGGUGUCCAUCAGGAACACACACUGCAGCCGCGGCGCAGACACCCUGCAGGUCUGUCGGAGUCUCCAGAUACACAGUCAACUCCAGUUUCUGCUCUACGUUUGCUUUAUUGGUAGUAGUAGUAUUACAUUAUUAGUAAAUGUCGGAAUCAGAGCUGUUCAUGGUGCAUAAAGGUGUGUUUCUGACCACACUCGUGCACCCAGCUGAGAGCCUGAAAUACUACGAGGACUUCACUUUCCGUCCGGAUGACAUCCUGAUCGUCACUUACCCCAAAUCAGGCACCACAUGGAUGCAGGAGAUCGUCCCCCUGGUAGUGAGCGAGGGCGAUCUGACGCCGGUUCUGACCGUGCCCAACUGGGACCGAGUGCCGUGGCUGGAGGAGCAUCGAGCCAUUCUGCUGAGUUUAGAGCAGAGAGCAUCGCCACGCAUCUUCGCCACUCACUUUCACCACCAGAUGAUGAACCCGUCCUACUUCAAGAUCAAGCCCAGGGUUCUGUAUGUCAUGAGGAACCCCAAAGACGUCUUCAUUUCUUCAUAUCACUUCCAUGAGAUGGCCUCGUUCCUGGUCAGCCCGGGAACACAAGACGAGUUCAUGGAGAAGUUCCUGGAUGGAACAAUCAUGUUUGGCUCCUGGUUUGACCAUGUGAAAAGCUGGCUGAACGCUGGAGAACAGGAGCACAUCCUCUACCUCUGCUACGAGGACAUGAUCUCUGAUCUGAAAGCCUCUGUGGAGAAGAUCGCCACUUUUCUUGGGAAAUCCUUGAGCUCAGAGGUGGUGGAGAAAAUCGCAGAUCACUGUGUGUUCAAGAACAUGAAGCAGAACAAGAUGUCCAACUACUCUCUGGUGCCGGAGGAGUUCAUGGACCAGAAGAAGUCAGAGUUCCUGAGGAAAGGAAUUGUUGGCGAUUGGAAGAAUCAUUUCAGCACUGCUCAAGAGCAGAAGUUUAAUGCUGUUUAUCAAGAGAAGAUGAAGGAUGUGAAGUUCAGCUUUCCAUGGGACUGAACACCUCAUCUGAUCUCUCCUGAGCUGCAUACAUUCACUGUAGCCUUUGGUGCUCGAUUAGUACACAGAUGUUUUAUCCACUCCAGCAUAAACAUUAUUCUGCUCAAACAUAUAUUAUACUCCUCUAUUAUUUUGCUUUAUGACAGUGGAGUUUAAUAUGAUGUUCAUAAUAGAUUAUUACAGUUGUUGUGUAUUAAUUCCCACAGUAAUAGUGAUGUUUAUCUGUAUCACAUCUGCAUUACAGUCAAUAAACUUUGAAUUCAA